GCCAAGUUUUGCUUGAGAGAAGAUUCUGCAUUCUAUUGUGGCUCCCGCCUCCAGGAGCAGGAGCUGCCAUUACCCGCUCUCGCUCUCGCUCUCUGUUUUGUUGGUUUUACGUACGUGGGGCUUGCCCGUGUGGUUGUUGAUAGGGGAGGAACUGGCUUGGUCUGCUUGAUGGUGUGGCUUCUACAUUGGAUCGGGUGCAUUGCAAGUGUGUGUGUGUAUGAGUGAACUUGAGACUUAUAAGUUGGUAGCACCACUUUUCGUUUCCUGCCUGGGGGAAAUAGUGAGAAGAGCACGAGUCGUUGUGGCGCUGGAGUUGAGCUAAUAGUGUUGCCCUUAGAGAGGCAGAGUGGAGAACUGUUAGAGGUAGUGUCGUCACCUUGCCGCAUUGGAAGCGUCCUUUAUCGAGGGACAAAUAAACUUUGAUCUACAGUUCAGCUCUCAAACAUAGUGUUCAUUAAAUGAAGCUUAGCAAUCGGGUUUACUACGCAACAGGCCUCUUCACAAAUAUUCACUUAGACGCUUCACUUCGGAAGGAGCAGCAUAUGGUCUAUAACCCUGCAACUAGCUUUGAUGAAGACGUGGGUCAAAGCGAGUGAAUGUGAUAUCAUAGACGAUAAUUCUCCUACAUAAAAGCAGUUUCUCUCUGCAAAUGUAGGUUUGUGGGAUCAUCACACACACUAUCAGAGAUGUCUAAAAGAAAGCGUGAAACCGAGUGGAGCAUUGCGAAGGCGGCAACAAUUUUGUUAGCGUUCCUCGGUGUAGCUUCUGUGGCAGGCCAAGACUUAGGAGCUGAUACCAGGGCACUUCUUGUCUUCAGCAACUUCCAUGAUCCCAAAGGAACAAAGCUUCGCUGGACCAACGCAUCCUGGACAUGCAACUGGAGGGGAAUAACUUGCUUUGGGAACAGGGUCACGGAGGUCCGUUUGCCAGGUAAAGGAUUCAGGGGAAACAUACCAACUGGAAGCCUAAGCUUGAUCUCGGAGCUACGUAUUGUGAGCUUGCGCGGCAACUGGUUGACGGGAUCGUUUCCUGGCGAGCUUGGAAAUUGCAACAAUUUGGAGUCAUUGUACUUAGCAGGAAACGACUUCUACGGACCCCUUCCGAAUGAUCUUCAUGCAGUCUGGCCGCGGCUCACUCACUUGAGCUUGGAGUAUAACAGGUUGAAUGGGGUCAUCCCCGAGUCGUUAGGGCUUCUCCCCCAGUUGUUCAUGUUGAACCUUCGCAACAACUUCUUCUCCGGGAGCAUACCGCCUCUAAAUCUAGCAAAUCUGACCAUUUUCAAUGUUGCCAACAACAACCUGUCUGGGCCUGUACCAACCACCCUGUCCAAAUUUCCGGCAGCUUCUUACCUAGGCAAUCCCGGCUUGUGUGGUUUUCCACUCGAAUCCGUGUGUCCCUCUCCAAUCGCGCCAUCCCCCGGUCCCAUUGCAGUAUCAACAGAGGUAGCAAAAGAAGGAGGUGAUAAGCCGCUAUCAACAGGUGCAGUCGCGGGUAUUGUAGUAGGUGGAGUUGCAGCCCUUGUUCUCUUCAGCCUAGCACUAAUCUUCCGUCUAUGCUAUGGAAAGAAAGGGCAGCUAGAUUCUGCGAAGGCUACAGGUCGUGAUGUUUCUCGCGAGAGAGUUCGUGACAAGGGAGUGGAUGAGCAAGGAGAAGAGUACUCCAGCGCAGGUGCAGGGGAGUUGGAGCGAAACAAGCUUGUCUUUUUCGAUGGGAAGAAGUACUCAUUCAAUCUUGAGGAUCUAUUGCGAGCUUCAGCAGAGGUUCUCGGUAAAGGCAGUGUGGGCACAGCGUACAAGGCGAUCCUAGAAGAUGGCACCAUCAUGGCGGUGAAGAGGCUGAAAGACGUGACUACUGGAAAGAAAGACUUCGAAUCACAGAUCCAAGCCGUUGGAAAGCUGCUGCACAAGAACUUAGUACCCCUUCGAGCUUACUACUUCUCGAAAGACGAGAAGCUCCUCGUGUAUGACUACAUGCCAAUGGGUAGCCUGUCAGCGCUUCUCCAUGCUGGCGUGUUAUUGAUUGAUGACUGUUCAGGAAAUCGAGGCAGCAGUCGUACUCCUCUGGAUUGGUUAAGCAGGGUAAAGAUUGCACUUGGUGCUGCUAGGGGACUUGCGUAUUUGCACGCACAAGGGGGUUCCAAAUUUGCACACGCCAACAUCAAGUCCUCCAACAUUCUGCUCAGCAGAGAUCUCGAUGCCUGUAUUUCUGAUUAUGGACUAGCUCAGCUCUUGAAUUCUUCGUCAGCUGCUUCCAGAAUCGUGGGCUACAGAGCUCCCGAAGUUACCGAUGCUCGGAAAGUAACCCAGAAGUCGGACGUCUACAGCUUUGGAGUGUUACUGCUCGAGCUUCUAACAGGGAAGGCACCCACACAAGCGGCUCUCAACGACGAAGGCAUCGACUUACCACGCUGGGUGCAGUCUGUUGUCAGAGAGGAAUGGACAGCGGAGGUGUUCGACCUGGAGUUGAUGCGUUACCAGAACAUCGAAGAAGAGAUGGUGUCCAUGCUCCAGAUCGCCAUGCAGUGUGUGGACCCCGUGCCUGAGCGACGCCCCAAGAUGAACAAUGUGCUACUCUUACUGGAGGAUGUGCACCCUUUCUUCAACGACAACGGCGACGACACGUCUCGACAGUCUGAGAGUGCCUCAGAGGACAAGUACAGGGGCAGCGACAAGGAUAGACCUUCACAGGAGAACACCCCAUCUCGAUCCAUCACUCCUUGAGCUUCUGAUUUGUUUGAGUUUCUGAUGAUCUGGUAUUCUUCUGCCUCGCCCGAGCAUUCGAAUCGGCUGAAUUCGAUAGGCUUUUGUGCAUCACUGUAUUGCAUUGCGAGCUCAGGUUUCUUCAUGGACCGUAGAAUGAGUUUUCGGUGGCCCUCACAGACACCGACACUCCAUUUGUAAGAUUGUCGAUUUGUAGCAUCGAUUCAUACGUUGAUCGAUUUGGCACGAUUUGGACGCACGUAGAAAUCUUGUGAUGAAAUUUGAUCAAUAAGAGUUAAACCAGUUUGAGUUUUUCUUUUCUUUUCUUUUCUUUUUUUAAAAACUCAACAGAUUCCGUCUGGUGGAAGUAAUAUGCUCCCUUGGAAGCCUGUGGAAGUUGAAGUGUUCUGACUCUUUAUGA